CUUUGUAUCCAAUAUUGUCACGUGAUCAAGCAUAUUUGUGUUAUGGUGUUUGACAGUUGAAUUAAAAAAACCGGUGCCUGGCAUUGUUUGAAAAGAUCAAGUGAUGACGUGUUUGAAGAAUACAAUUUUUACGGAUCAAUUCAUAGAAGCCGACGUAAACAUGGACUAAACAGAAUCAAUCCAGAUCACAAGCAGUGGAUCACGUACAUCAUGGGAACGGGUGUACCCCUUCUCAACGAGUACAAGCAGGAGUUUGUUGCCAAGCGCUUCCCACAGACAGUGCUCGGAGGUCUGAAGCUGCGUGUAGGCUACAAUGCACCGGUGUACGUGUAUGUCAGUCAGCUCAUGGUGUUCAUUGUUCCGUUCUUGCUCGGAGGGGGGUUCACCUUGCUGGUGGAGUUAGAGGCCAUGGGAAAGUACACAGCGGUGUAUGUCUACGGAGGCCUGAUGGCAGCCUAUGUUCUCCUUAUACAGCUUAUAUCACACAUAGUCCAGGCCAGUCAUCCAACUGAUUUGCCGAUGAUGAAGAAGAAGAAGAGCCUGCUGUCAGAGGAGGACGAGGUGGACUUCAUCUCGUGCUGUGACCCGGACACCGUAAAGUUCAUCAUUCCACCCAAGAAGUACAAGGUGAACAUCCUGGUGCACGCUCUCCUGGCAGGCCCCAUGUGUGGACUGGGUCUUCUGUACCUACUGCCUAGCACAAUGGACAGUCUCUAUGGAAACACAGGUGGUACUGUGGUACUGUUCAUACUCGGCUGGUUCGCCCUGCUGGUGGCCCAGUAUCCCCUGACAACGGUCGCUCUGCCUGAGACUGCCACCUACCGCACCACAGAUAUCCUGGAACUCGGGGCCGUGAGCAGAGCCUUCUACGUCUACGUUCUCAUCAUGUUUGAUUUGAUUCAUCGUUUCCAUGACAGCAAUUUUCUACUGACCAAUCAGGUUCUCCACGUGUUCUUUGUAUGUCUGCCUGUGUUUUGGACUCUUGGUGUUCUCUCGCCCGUUGAUGCAUUCCUACUUUACCUGCUGGAACAGGCUCAUGUGUUCUUAUUUGGGGGCUCAUACAUGGCAUCAGAUUUAAGGCUCAUUACAUUCUGUGUGUUGUCCACGGGCGUGUACCUGGGCGCAUUCUACAUCUCAUCAUGCCUGGGAACUGUCCUCAUAUCAUCACUGGCCGGUUACCUGCUCAGUACGGAUCUUGGAGGUCUUGGUUCCCAGCUCUGGGCUCUUCUCAACAGGAACCGGGUGUCGGCUGUUAGAGACUGGGCACCAGUGAGGAAUGGCAGUCCUGUGAAGAAGUUCCUGUGGAAGUGGGGAGUCCUGGAGAUUGUGUAUCACACGGUGAUGCUGGCAGUAGUCGGAGUUGUGGCUGGUCUGAUGAACAGCAAAAGUCAAACAAUAUCAUCAUCAAGUUGGAAAAUCGUGGGCUACUGCAUUAUUGGUGUGUGUGUUUUUGAGAAAGUAGUGAGAGACCUGCAGGGAGUGUUUAUUUGUUUCGGCCUGUGGAGGAAUCCUUUAUUUCCACCCAGCCUCUCUUCAGGAACCUUUAAGGGAAGAAAAAAGAUGUUACUUACACUUGGCAUUAUAAGAAGAAUAGUUGUCAACUGGGCUGGGCCACUCUUGAUGCUGGGUUAUCUGUGCCUGGUGAUUAUUGCCAAUGGGGAGGAUACAAAGUCAGUGUCUGCAACACGUCAUCUUGACCAUGCCACUUCCGUCUGGUAUAUCUUCGGGGUUGUGCGGGUUUACAGAGCGAUUUGGCAGCACACAGUCCAUUCCCUAUUGGAACUUUCUAUCAGCCAUCUUGUUCUAGUAACCAUGACAACCAACACAACAGUGCUCCAGUGGGGCAUACCGAUCUUAGCAAUGCUCGUGUCCCUCUGCAGAGAUCGUCUCUACAACUUUUCAGACAAACUUUACUUUUACUUGACGCUCCUCAUCAGCUCCUGGACUGACAAGAAGCAGCGGCGAUCUUCUACCGUACCAAUCAUCAUUGUCUCAGUUAUUCUGUUCCCAUUAGUACUGGGCAUUAUUGCGGUAGCAUCAGCUCUGGCCAUUCCGCUGUUACCUUUGUUUACUCUUCCCAUGGUGCUGUUUUCUUUUCCGCGACCUUUGCGGUCUUGGCCUGAGGAAGUUGGGGCCUCAGCGAACAGUUGUCCAGAUACUAACUUCUACAAACAGCUAGCUCCAGAACUGUCGAGGGCAUUGUCUUCAGGAUUCGCAAAUGGAAGCUUAGGGGAGCCCAGUCCAGGCAAUCACUACCUGGUUCGCUAUCAGGACCGACUUGUCUGGAUCGUAGUGCUGGAACGUGGUGCCACAUAUUGUGUCCUGAACAUCAAAGGGCUUGAACUCCAGGAAACCUCCUGCCACACUGUUGAGGCAGCCAGAAUCGAUGAAAUCUUUGAGAAUGCUCUAGAGCUUCGUGAAGGCUGUUCACGCAUGAUGGGGAAAAUAAACGAGUAUCCUCUACAUACCUUGACUCCAGCGGAUGCAAGCUUUGUAGAGACUUAUUCAGAUGCUCGGAAUGUGCUGACAGGAAUUAUUGACACUCCAAAUGCGACUGAAGACACUAUGAAAGCAUUCUUGAAGAGCCUAGUGUGGAUUGUGUUGAAAUAUGUGAAGGAGAAUCACAAAAUCAAAGCAAACAAGUUAAAGGGUGAAUCAGUAGUAACAGAAAAACAGAUUGUUGUAAAAACAGAAAAACAUGAACUGAAAGAACUAAGUGGGAAUAAUAAUGUUUCAAAUUCUUUGCAAUCAACAAAGAAGGCUCCUCUAGAGCCUCUUGAUCUUGGUUUUGAAGAUAAACCUGAGUCACCCCCGCCACCUCCAUACCAAGCAACGGUUGCUAAGCAGAAGAAAAUGGCGUCCUCAUGGGGUUCCCUAGCCAGCUUCACAGACAGCAUCUUUUCAGAAGACGAAGGGGCUGGCAAGAAGAAAUCCCCCAAAACCCCAGCAAAUGGCAACAAACAUGUGGGUGCAAAGAGAACCAAGAGCCCUGAUAUUGAGGAUCUAUUUGACGAGUUCAACAUCGGAAUGCCCGCUUUCGAUGUGACUAAACCGAACCCUCAGGUUCAGAACAAAUUUGGUUCAAAGUCAUACGGUAACAGUAUCUAUAGACCUCAAACAAAUUUGGCUGGUUCACCAGAUUUCAAAUCUCCAUUUUCAUCGCAGUUAAGUAUACCGCACGAGUGGCGGGAGUUACCACUGGACACUUCUCAGAUAUCUAGACAUGUAAGCAAGUUUCCUGUGGACUGGUACAAGUAUGUGCUGUCAUGUGUUGAUCUCACGUGUGAAAAUGUACUCAAGGAUCAAGUGCUCAAAGAUGUUGUAAAUGAUGACACAUUGCGGAACUGUUACACUCAACUGAUCAUGGCCUGCUACUCGAUAUUUGAAAGCCAAGGCUACUCUGGUGCCAGUUUCUUGUACAAGAGCUACAUGGGCGAGGUGUCUGUCAACGCCAUGUGGGACUGGCUGGGAGAACACACUGACCUGCAGGCACUCGUCAAGAAGGCUUUCAGGUAUGGGUUUAAGCUGAUGAUAGACCAGAUGCUGCUGGGGGAGUUCUCCACAGACGCAGACUGGCGCGAGGCCUUGGAAGAGUAUGACACAGGCUGGUACAUCGGUGUAGAACGGGAACAAGACUGGACCACUGCUAUACUCAACCAGACUCCAAACAUGUUCUCCAUGGGACACAAUACACAACAGAGCACCUACAACAGUCGCACGCUUACACUCCAGUCAAUGCCUGUCUCCAUUGGUCGUCUGAACCCAGAAGCUGUGCGCGGGCAAUGGGCCAAUCUGGGCCUGGAGCUCCUGUACAUGACAAACGAUGACGAGGAAAGAUACAGUAUCCAGGCCCAUCCUGUGUUGCUAAGGAACCUCACAGUUCAGGCUGCUGACCCGCCCCUUGGUUACCCGAUCUACUCGUCGCAGCCUAUCAGUGUACCGCUUGCAUAGCUCUGCGGUUUAACCCUUUACCACCUAGAUAUGCUGUUAAACUUAUUUUUAGUUUAUUCGAAAAUUCAAUUAAUUUAAAGAUUUUUCUUAAAAGAUUUAAGUUUUAGGGGCUUUUUUCAAAUCAUAAUAUACUGAUUAGAAGCAAACAGCAUAAAACCUGAACAGACUGUGGGUUACUUUUAUUCUGCGUGCAUACAGCCAUUUUCACUUUGCUUCUGAGCUGAGUGGGAAAGGGUUAAGCACCUGAGUUAGUGGCCAUGGUACCAUUUGUUACCAAUCUUUUAAUCUCAGCUAUUCAGUGUAUAUGCCAUCAUUGUUAACUAGUGUUUUUUAGGCGUAGCUUGAUGUCUUCACUGCUUUAUAAGCUGAGUUGCCUAAAAAUGCAGUCCCCUUAACAAGGUUGCCUUUUUGAUACAGGCCUAAUUUUCGCGGCAAAAACAGUAUGGGCAUUAGAGUGUAAGGGUAAAACCUAAAAUGGGAUAAAUUGGGCAGUGCUUUGUGAAAAGGGGGUUUAAUGCAUGUGCGUAAAGUUUUGUCCCAGAUCAGGGACGACACUUUCCGCUUUUAUAUUUUUCAUUUAAAGGAAGUCUCUUCUUAGCAAAGAUUGAAGCGGAAAGUGUCCUCCCUUCUCACAGAGCACGGCCCAUAUAGAUCAAUGUCAGGUUAAAGUUUACAAGCUAGAAAUUACUGUAGUCAUUGAAUGUUUAUUGUGACCAUCCCUUGUGAGAAAUACACAGCAUUAAUUUUUACUGUGCACUUGCAUCAUUUUUUUAAAUGCAAUUUUUUAUGAAGUUGCAUUCUUUUCAGGGUUUUGUAUGUGAACUUGUAUUGCAUCAAUUUACACAUUUGAGCAUUCAUUUUUGAAUUUAUCAACCACAUAAAGUGUUUUUUCUCUCUUUUGUUUUAUUUAUGUUUGACCUGUUCAGUCACUUUUGAUUUUCAUUGUUCUUUACUAGUUUUACCUUUGUUUUAUCUUUACAAGUUUUACCUUUGUUUUAUUGUGUUGCUGUCAUGUACUUUAUAAAUUUACUGGUAUUGCAGGGUUGCUCUUGAUUUAACUCUGUUUUAUCAUUUUGAUUUUCUCCUUUAAAACCAAUACAGUUUUUACUUACCCUAUUUCUGCAAUGACUUGUAUCUUGGGGAACAACCCUCUUGUGAAGUACCAUUUUUUCAUGGAGUUAUUGCCCUUUGAUUUCAUGUGCGUAAACAAUUCAAAAAUAUGUAUACAUUUGACUUGAUUGAUAAUCAAAAGCCUCAGCUGAUAUGAUGUCAAUGUCAAUUUUCACAGACAUUUCAUUUCUUCAAUGUUAUGAAUUAAUUUUGCUUAAUGAGUUGUCUUGAUUUUAUUGUGCUCUCUUGACAUUAUUCGGGUUAUGUGUUGUUGCCACUCUGUCUCCCAUUCAGUUGUAUUUUAAGAGGUAAUUUAGAAGCAAUUUUUAGUCAGAAUUCAUCGAAACUAUGGAAAACUAGUAAGCACCACUUCAAUGAUUUUAUUGUUAUUAUUUUUUUACUUAUGGUAUAUAUUUUUUAUUUUAUUGGACAAUGCUUUGAACUGGGAUGCUCUGUUUUUAUGGUUUUACUCAGAUUAAUGGUAUAUUGAGGCUUUCUGAAAUUGGAAUUAGGUGCACAGUUCUCCAUUCUUCUGGAACUUAGGGCAAGAAUAAAAGGAAAUGUAUUUUUGAUAAUUUCAUUUUCAAUAUCACAUGAAUUAUGCCCAGGUAAAGGGCAUGAUAUUCUUUGAAGUGCAGCUUCUUUGUAUUAUAAAUGACAUAGGCAAGCAUCCAUCAGUUUGAUCACACCCUUGUAUUUAUUAGUAAUGUUUCAAUUAUUGUAUUGUUGUUAGUGUUUUUCUUUAUUGUGUGAUUUAUUCAAUCAUUUUAUGUACAUACUAUAAAACAGCAAAAAUCAUGCACUUUUUGAUUUUGUGAAAGUAUGAUAGCACAAAUAAUUUUCAUAACAUUUGAACAUUUCAUAAUGUGUUUCACGUUUGUUUCAAUUAUUUCUGGAAGACAUUAGAUUCAGUAGAAAUGAAUAUACCAUUGUAUAAAUUGUGGUUGUUUACUACUUGUUAACAAUGUUAGUCACCAUUUGAUGUUUUAAGUAGAAUACUUGAUAUUUGUAUGUGAAGUCUGCUGUCAUUUGUCUUGGUAACACGUUGCUAACCAUCUCAUGCAGGGGCAACACUUAGGUUAUUGGUGCAUCACUUGAUAUUAUGUGAAAAUGAAUCAUGUAAAAGCAAGCAGUUAAUAUAGGUCUGUUUCAUUAUACUCAGCAUUGUUGUAUAUUAACCCUUUCAAUGCUGGAACCAAAUUUUGAAGGCCUUUGCAAACAGUUUGGAUCCAGAUGAGACGCCACAGAACGUGGUGUCUCAUCAGGAUCCAAACUGUUUGCUAUUCUGAUAGUAUUCUUAAAAAAAAUAAGAAAAUGCUAAUUUUAGAAAUUCAGCAGAUGACAUUUUAGCAGACGACAAAUUUCCCAGCAUGCAAAGGGUUAAAAAUGAACCUCCCUCUGGGACAAUGGGUUUAAUGCAUGUGUGUCAUAUGUCAUCCCAUGUAGCCUGCUUAAGUCAAUCAGGGACGGCACUUUUCACCUAAGCUUGAUUUUGGCUAAGAAGAGACUCACUCUAUAUGGAAGAAACGGUAAAAUACCAUAAAAGCCAAAAGCAAACAGCACAUGCUAAUCUGGGGCGACAAUAUGCACAUGCAUUAAGCCCUGUUUUUUUGGAGCAUGGCUCAAACAUAAGAAUGACUUGGCUGUAAAACACAGUCAAUUAUCAUGUAUUGACUAUGUAUAUAUUGGGUGUUAUGUUGCUGUUUCUAUGUGGAUAUUCAUCUCCCAGUCUGUGAUAUCACUAUUUUGUUGACAAUAAAAUCUUUCUUGUAAAUUGUU